AUGGAGAAGGCAGAGUGGAGAAACGCGAUGCAGGAGGAGUUAUCAGCUAUCAAACGGAACCAAACAUGGAAAAUGGUUGAUCUCCCAGAAGUUGCAACGCCAAUGAACAUUGGCGAAAAGCUGAUUGCUUGCGACAACACAAUGCUGGUAGAUGCAAUAGUCUAUCGAAGUUUGGUGGGGAGGUUAAUCUAUCUCACUCACUCACGACCAGACAUUGCAUAUUCAGUCAGUGUGUUGUCACGAUUUAUGCAAAAGCCCACUCAACAUUGCCUCGGAGCAGCAAAAAAGGUUUUAAGAUAUUUGGCUGGAACUAAGGAUUUUGGAAUUUGGUUAUGCAAAGUUGAGGAUUUCAGCCUUAAAGGCUUUACGGACAGUGACUGGGCCGGAAACUUGGAUGAUCGAAGAAGCAAAUCUGGAAAUUGCUUUAUGUUGGUGACAACUGCAAUCUCCUGGAACUAA